UUUACUAAUUUAUUUAUUAGUAUUAGUAAGCAAUAAUGAUAAGAAGUUGAAAGGGGGUAGGUGUGAGUACGACCAAAACCAAUCUUGUUGCACAAUGCAAUGCAAUCCCCUGAGAUGGUCCGGCCCUUCGAGUCCUGGCCCUUCCAAUUAAUUCACUCCCUCCCCCUUUCUUCUUCAUCUAUAUAUUCCCCCAUCCCUAAUUAUUCGCCUGUCAGCUUCCACCUCUCACUCCUCCGACCGCCGGAAUUCCGCCAUUGUUGGUUAUUCCUUUUUUUUUUAAAUCAUGCAAUCUAUGCUUCAUUCUACAACCCGAUUUGCGCCGGCGCCCGACCCGGGUCGGAUCACCCGCCGCUCCGAUCCGGUUCCGAAUCGGGUCGUAAUCCAGUGCGCCUCCCGCCUGCGUAACUGCUGCGCCGCCGUCGCGAGGACCCGCCACGAGUGGCAGAGCGCCUGCGCUAUUCUCUCCGGCAAAGUCGCUCUACAGCAGCAGGAAAACGAGAAUACCGCCGUCGAAGCUUCCGGCGCCGGCGACGGCGCCGGAAGUAACGGCCAUCCCGGACUGAACAUCGUUCCGGUCAACUUGACCGACGCUCCGGCGGCGCUCCCCAAGCCGUUGAGCUUCACCGACCUCUGCCCGGCGCCGAUGCACGGAUCCAAGCUCCGCGUCGCUUACCAGGGACUCCCCGGCGCCUACAGCGAAUCCGCCGCCGGAAAAGCUUACCCUGACUGCGAAGCCAUCCCCUGCGACCAAUUCGAAGUGGCGUUCCAGGCGGUGGAGCUCUGGAUCGCCGACAGAGCCGUCCUCCCGGUGGAAAACUCCCUCGGCGGCUCCAUCCACCGGAAUUACGACCUCCUCCUCCGCCACCGCCUCCACAUCGUCGGCGAGGUCCAGCUCCCCGUCCACCACUGCCUCCUGGCGCUCCCCGGCGUCCGGAAAGACUUUCUCCGGCGAGUCAUAAGCCAUCCUCAGGCGCUCUCCCAAUGCGAGCACACGCUCACAAAACUGGGGGUGAAUCUCGCCCGCGAAGCCGUGGACGACACCGCCGGCGCCGCCGAGUACAUCGCCGCCAACAACCUCCGCGACACGGCGGCGAUCGCCUCCGCCCGGGCCGCCGAGCUGUACGGUCUAAAAAUCCUAGCCGACGGUAUCCAGGACGACUCGAGUAACGUGACCCGGUUCGUUAUGCUGGCCCGCGAACCGAUAAUCCCCCGGACCGACCGGCCCUUCAAAACCAGCAUCGUCUUCGCCCACGACGAGGGCACAGGCGUCCUUUUCAAGGUCCUGGCGGCCUUCGCCUUUCGCAACAUCAGCCUCACGAAGAUCGAGUCGCGGCCGCAUCGCAACCGUCCGAUCAGACUGGUCGACGACGCCAAUCGCGGCACGGCCAAGCAUUUCGAGUACUUAUUCUACGUCGAUUUUGAGGCGUCGAUGGCGGAAUCGACGGCUCAGAAUGCUUUGGCUGAGAUUCAGGAGUUUACUUCCUUCCUCAGAGUUUUGGGGAGCUAUCCAAUGGACAUGACGCCAUGGACGCCGCCGCCGGCACCGACCUCCGCGCUGGAAUGACGCUUUUGCCCUCUUGCUGCUUAUUUGGAAUUAGUUAUAAGAUUGGGGUGGUUUUUGCAAAAUUUUCCAAUCUGUAUAUUUGAAAUUUCGGGAAAAAAACGUCGAAUUAUCUGGACAUGUGAAUAUAAGGAGAUUGGUGGAUUAAACGUGGGCUCUGAUAGGUGAAUGAAUUUAUUAUUAUUAUUUUUUUAUUUUUUAUUUAUUUUUUAUUUUAUAAUGUGAGAAUCUGCCGCCACUAUC